AUGCCACCCAAGCGCCGACGCCAGAUCCCCCGGAUCAUCCCACCCUCACCAUCAGACCCGCAACCGACCCUUCAUCAAACACUUGCGCCGCGACAAACACGCUCCGGAAAAACAUUUGGUGCACCCGGAGAAUCUUCUAUACGCUCGCGGCGCAGGCAUCCCAGACACUUGACCCCAGGAUCUCCGCCUCACUCACCUCCUCGAGCUGCACGAAAACGAAAGUCCCGGGCUGUUCUCGAAGAUAGUGAUAGUGAAGAAUCAACCAAUGAUCAAACCUAUGAGCCUCGGAUUACUCGUCCGCGUCGCGGAAGUGCCCCAAAAGAACUCACCGUGAUUGACGGCCAAGCCCAUCAGCAGACAACCAACGAGGCAACCGGUAUCGAAGGAACUCGACAGCCCCGACGAACCAUCAACUUCCCAUGGGGUUUUUCCAUACCUUUGCCGGAGUUAAGCCAAACCGACCGGCACCUGUCGCUUUUUGCCCCAGUUGAAGAAGAGAAGAUGAGAUUUGUCCUUCGGGAAAUCGGCUGCAGUGUUGUGGGAAAAACUCGACCUCAACUCGUCAACUUAUGCAUUCGAUUCGCACAGCUGAUUGAAUCACUUCCUAGCAACUCUUCUCAGUCCGCUUUGCCCAACGCUUCUCCGACCCCGGUCACCACUCUCUCAAACUCAACCAAUAUCCCUUCUAACGGUGCAACACAACAGUCACAUGAUAACUUAAAACCUCCAUCUCCGCGUCCGUCUCGGUCUCCUCUAGGCAACACUCCUCAGACGCCGGACGCCACUCAUUCAAACCCAACAAACAUCCCUUCGAACGGUGGACCACAGCAGUUGAAUAGUAACAACUUGAACGUCCCAUCUCUGCGUCCGUCUUGGUCUCCCCUAGGCCAAGCUCCGUCUCGGUCUCCUCUAGGCAACGCUCCGUCUUGCUCUCCUCUAAGAAACACUCCGUCUCGGUCACCUCCAGGAAACGCUGCUCAGACGCCGGAAGCCACUAAUUCAAAUCCAGCUCAAGUACAAGGGGCAGACCCCACUUCCAUUGUUGAAGAUCUGAUCCAGUGGAACACACCGCCUAAUGCUCGAAAAACCCCGCCUUGGCGAAACAUACCAAAUCGCCGUAACCUACCGCCUGACUCUCCAAACACACCUCCUAACCCUUGGCACCAGCCAAUGUACAUAGGCUCCCCCGGCCCAUCCUCUGUUCCCGUGAUUUGCCAUGCAGGCGAUCCUGCCUCAUUGCCGGGCCUUAAUACAGAUCUUCCCAAAAACCAUGAUGGAGACCAUGCCGAGGCCUCUAGUAAUCACUCCGACGGAGCGCUACACACGAUGCAAGAUAACCAAAUUGCAAUCAUUGAGCUGCUCCAAACGCACUCCAAGAAGUUUUCAGAUCUCCAAGACGACAUAGCUAUAACACUUCGAAAUCAGCAGGAAAUCAAAGAGAAGUUAGAAAGUUUAUCAGGCGUGAUUCUGCACCAGAACGUGCGUCCGGGGAGACCUGCGCGCGCCAACCCCAUGGAAAGCAAUGUCCCUGCGCCGCAGGCUUUCCCUCGGACGGCAAGGCUCAAACAACUCCUAAAACUGCAUUUUGAAUCGUUGUUUGGGUUGCCCGCCGGGGCUGAUCUACCUCCCUCUCCUCCAACUACUUCGGAAAAGGCAAAGUGGCGUGUUCAUAUAGAUGAUGAUUCACCAGACGACGCGGAAAUGGAAUGUGACGGCAAUAACCCUGAGUCAGACAAAGAGGCUUCAGAUCCGCAAUUCCCGUACCGUGGCGGUCCUGGCCAUCCCUGGGCCUCACAGGAGCAGCUCAAGAUCAUGCAUCGGAUGUUAAGAGAAAAAGGCAUGGAACGAUUUCGUAUGGAUCUCACCUUACGUUUGGACGACCCCGAGAACAAGUUCUGCUUGUCUGUUGCUCGCGAUAUAUUCGUCCAGCUAGUUGAGUGUGGCGAAUACGAAGGUCUCCAGCCUCACAAGUGUGAAGCGGACUUUAUCUUGCAGCAGCUAACAGAAUAUGUCAGGGACAAGGUCAGAGAGAGCGCCAAAUUCCCCAUGGCAGUUCAGCUAUUGCGAGCAAAGGAAAAAAGCAGGAGUACACAAAAAUUGACUGUGCGAAAUAAUCGAAUGAAAUCCGCUCUCGAAAUUGGCGGCCUGCAGCCGUUAUUCCCAAUCAUCAAAGCUUGCACCAGUGACGAUGAAACCGAUGAUGAAAUCACUCCAGCCCCCGUAGCCUGUGGGUCUUCAUCUAGACGGAAGAAAGAGGUCAAGUAUUGCAAAGCCCGGCAGCUAGUAUGGCGUAGCAAGGAGGUUACGCAGGCGUUCGUUCUACUAGAUGAAUACCGCGAGAAAAAAAUAUCCUCGACAUGCAAAGCUCGCAGAGGAAUUCCAGCACGGUUACGACGACGACCGCCGUGCCCAAAAAUCAGUACAAUCAAACCAGCUCAAGCUUUAGCUAAAGACGCUUACGAUAAAGACUGGCUAGAGGCCCAAAAUCAGAUCAUUGUUGAUGAGUUAAAUGUUGUAUCGCAACCAGUCAUGAAAAAGAUACUGAGCAGAUUACAAUCACUUGCCUAA